UACCAAACGACCCCUUAAAGCUAAACCCGUUCUACACAUAUAAAACCCUUAAAGGAAUUUGAUUAGGUCAGAAAUUGAGAUGAAUGGGAAUAAUUGGAUGGCUGCUCAGGCUCGGGGAGGUGGUGAAGGUGCCGGAGCUGCUGCCGGUGAUUGGCGGACUGGACUUGUGCCCUAUACUCGUCAAAGGAUUGUCAACGAAAUAUUGGAGGACAUUCAGAGGGUUUUUCCUGUCUUUAGGCAUCGGCAUGUACAGGAACUUAGGGAAAUUGCAGUGAUGUUUGAGGAAAAGAUGUAUAAUGUUGCUACAAGUUGGAAUGAUUAUCUGUAUAGAAUAUCCUUUAAACUGCGGACAAUGACCAAUUGUUUUCAUAUCAAUACUGCAAGUAGUGGUCAGAAUGCCCAUGGUCCAGGGAUGACAAUGGAAGCUACUUCCUAUGAAACUACUUCUGGGCCGGAGGAUAGUGACAAGGAAGCAGCAGAAGAGGACGAUGAGGGUGUGCAUAAGGAGGAUGUUGUAGAGGAGGUGGUGGGUACAAAGGAGCAAAACUAUGUUGUUGGACACAAAGACAAUGUCCGAGUUGUGGAGAAUGAGCAGGAAUCUAGCUCCAGCAAAGUUAUUGGGAGGCCUUCAGUAUUUUUCAAGUAAAAUGAAGGAGAUUGGAAGGUGGAGCUCUUAUCAAACAGUGCGAGAGACGAAAGAGAUUCAUCUUCAGUUGCUUUGAAUUUAUGAAUUUAUAUAUCUUGGCUUGUUGAUUCUUAUGUCCUUUGAAGUUUUACUAUGCAUCUAUUUAUAUUUUAAGAGCAAAAUUGCCUUAAUGUUGCUUGAUAUAUGUUGAUCAACUGAAUUGAACAUUGAUUGUCAAGUUUCCUAGUGAAAGUAAAACAAUUUUCUUGUUUUGAA